AUGGGGCAGGAGAGCAAAGACGCGUGCAAGAAAGAGGCCUGUGCCAUUCAAGCUUGCCUCUCCAAGAACAACUUUCUCCCCCAAAAGUGCAUCCGAGUAAUUGAAUUGCUGAACUCAUGCUGCACAAGAUGCAAUUAUAAUUCAACUCACUGUGCUUCCCUCUCUGGAUUAUUGAAGCAACAUUCCAAAUCACCAGACACAGCCAACAAAUUCGACAACUAG